AUGAAAUGGCACAAGAAAUUAGGUCAAGUCAAUGAAAGAGACCUAAAAGAAAUGGUUAAAAAUAAAAUGAUGCGAGGACUCGACUUUAAAGAAAAAACUUUGGGUACUUGUGAGACUUGUAUCAAAGGAAAAUUUUCCACUCUACCAUUCAAAAGCCAUGGACAAAUAAUCUCAACCGAAGUGCUCCAGAUAAUUCACAGUGACGUGUGUGGCCCAUUUGAGAAUGAAUCAAUGGCCGGAUCAAAGUAUUUCGUAAAAUUUAUUGACGAUUAUACAAGAUACUGCUGUGUAUAUUUCUUAAAAGAAAAGAGCCAAGUAAUCGAUAAAUUCAAGGAAUAUAAAAACUAUGUUGAACUGUUUCAUAAGAAGAAAAUUCAAAAUCUACAAUUUGAUAAUGGAGGCGAAUUUAGGUCUAAAGCGUUUGACAAAUUCCUUAAAGAUAAUGGUAUAAGCCGAAGACUAUCUGCACCUUAUACCCCACAGCAAAAUGGCAUGAGUGAAAGGAAAAAUCGGUCGCUGAUGGAUAAAGCCAGAUGUCUGAUGCUAGAUGCCAAUAUCCCUGCAAAGUUUUGGGCAGAAGCAGUAAACACUGCAAACUAUUUAAUAAAUAGAAGCCCAGCAAGAGCUCUCAAAGGCAAUUCCCCAUAUGAGAAAUGGGUACAACGAACACCAUCAGGAAAUCACCUACACGUAUUCGGAAAUAGAGCGUUUGUGAUGAAUAAAAAACGAAGAGGAAAAUUCACAGACAAAGCCACAGAAAGAGUAUUCUUGGGAUAUGCGGAACAUACAAAAGGUUUUAGAAUCUAUAUACCCGAAAGGAAUGAUGUUAUUAUCAGCAGAGACGUAAAAGUAAUCGAAAAGAUGCAUUAUGGCGGUACUCCUGCUGAAAAACGCGAAGAUCAUACUCCAGAACCUGAAACAGAACAAAUAGAAAUUCAAGAAACAAGAAACAAAAUUAAUGAGAACUUACCUUUUCAGGAAUCUAACCCCCUUUAUUCCAGCUCUAGUCAAGAUCCUGUUGAUGAACCAUUUUUCUCAAGUGGAAGACCACAAAGAGACGUGAGACCACCAGCAUGGACCAAAGAUUAUGAGUUAAGUCGCUGCGUGACCAUGUUAACAUCAGAAAAUAAUGACGACUAUGACUGCUCUUUACUCACAUACAAAGAAGCUGUGACUGGCACCGACAGACGAAAUUGGGAGAAGGCGAUACAAUCUGAAAUGGAAUCAUUACAGAAAAAUAACACCUGGGUAUUUGUUGACAAGUCAGAAGCCAAAGGACACAAAAUACUGUUGAACCUUGUGACACGCCCGCAAGUAGCGAUUCAAAGUCUACACAGGAAACUGCCCAGGAGAAGGAAUAUGCCUAUUGGGAAGCAGUGGGAAGUUUACUGUACCUGUCUACCAGAACCAGGCCGGAUAUCGCACAAGCGGUCAAUUCAGUUAGCUGACUUAUCAAAAAUAAAAUUUGAAAGACACUGUGCAAGAUUAAUGCAUAUAUAG